UCCUCGCCGACCUUGCCUCUCCGGCUCGACAUCCCGCCGCGCCCUCCUCGUCCCUUUUCCCUCUUCCGUGCAUCAUCCUCCCACAUUCUCGCCGCUCUGCUUUUGCCACGGCCACGGCGCAGAGCAAGCCUCCCAGAGUCAUCGGCGCUUCUCCGUUCCUUUGUCUGCGCCGCGCCCGCUGGCUCGCUUCGGCGCCUCUCUUCCCCCCAAGAAGCAAAAGCCCGGCCGACCUCCUGAUCCCGCGUCCGUGGCGGACGCCCGUCUACACGCCCUGGCCGCCGCUCGACCCGCGCCAUUGAAAGCCGUCCUGCGGCUCGUCCUUGGCCCUGACCUGACUCCAUCGACGACCGCGCAUGGUCGUUCGUUCCGUCCAUAGCGAACCUGUCCGUUGCUUUUCCUGCCCGGCCCCGCAGCCGCCGCCGUCGAUCGGAGCCGCCGUCGAUGCUUUCGAGUCGGUAGUCCGCCGUCCCGUCGCACGAAUUCUCAACCGUCCUCGACUAUACGGCCCGCGCCCGCAUCUUCUCUCGACGCCGAUAAGGUUCUCAACCGGUGGCCGUUCGUGCCGUGACACGUCGCCAUGGCCACCAUCGUCGACGAGUAUCUGGACACCCAGAUGGACACUGACGAUGUCUUCCCCUGCAAGGGCUGCGGCGAGAUCCUCGAAGAAGGGAAAGCAUUUGAGUUAGCUGGCAACCGGUGGCAUCUCGACUGCUUCCGUUGCAACACCUGCGGCACUCUCCUCGACUCUGAUGCGAACUUGCUCCUCCUCGGCGACGGCUCUCUCAUAUGCAACAACUGCACCUACAGCUGUAACGCCUGCGGCAACAAAAUCGAAGACCUUGCCAUCCUCACCGGAGACCAAGCCUUUUGCGCCACGUGUUUCCGAUGCCGAAAUUGUAAACGAAAGAUAGAGAACCUGCGAUACGCGAGAACAUCACAGGGCAUCUUUUGCAUGGGCUGCCAUGAGACAUUAAUGGCCAGACGCAGGAAGAAAUCCAAGGCAGCAGCAGCCGCCAAGGCUCGCGAAAAAGAAAACUCGCCUGCCAUGACCGAAAAGUCUCUGCCGGCGCUGCCGCCCAACGCGAUCCCCAACAAUGCCUUCUCGAACGACCGCGUUGAACCCGACUCUGACACCCCGACCGAACUGUCCCCGCGACCCCGUGCUGGCCACAGAUAUGAUGAGUCGUUGUCGUUGUCCCGAGGCAGCUCCCGGCCUGCUCGAUCUCCGGAACGUGAGUCAGCUACCAAGUCCGAGGGCCUGAGCCUGCCGGCGACCACAUAUCGGAAGAAUCGCGCUUCGGGCAUGUACGCAACCGUAGAUCCCUCAGAAUCGCCCGAGAGCUUCUUCAUCCCCAUUGGUGUCGAUCCAAGUCCCGCGCCCUAUAGCGGAACCCCCAGAUCUACGUCGGACAGUGCUAGCGCGAAGAAGGACAAGGACUACUUCAGCGUGCCCAAGUCCUCAUCCAGUUCUUCGGAGAAACGCAGCGACUCUCACGCGUCCACGCCGCACAUCGCCUUCCAGGAGAAGGGUCGGCAACACUCGUCCGACCUCGACAUCACGCAAGUCAAGCAGCAACCGCGGCAGCAGUCCAAGGCCUCAGACCAGGACCAGAGUAAGACGUCUCCAUCAUCAGGGAACGAGUUCCAACUCCAAGAUGCCCCUCGGGCGAAGAGCCUCGCGUCGCGAAGCAGCAGUUCCAACUCUGUGCCCCACGAUGGCGCGUCUGGCAAGUCAGCGAACGGCAUCUCCCGCAAAGAGGGACUAUCCAACUUGUCGGAGUCGAGCAAGACAAACGAAAACCUGCCGCCGCCUCGUCCUUCUCAGGACUCCAAACGACAAGAAGACGAGGAGAACAGCUCUCACGAUGUGGUCAUAAAGGGGCCGCCACGCGCCGACAGCUCCAAGUCGAUUCCGCGUAAAGAGGUUCCUUCGAGUACCUCAAGGGCCGCAAAUGGCAAAACAGGCACCCCAGGCAGGCCCCCGGCGCCUGGUACUAAAGCUGGUACCACGGACACAUACAUGCACCCGCGCGCGGCACCUGCGCCGCCAGGUAACCAGGGCCAUGCCACAAAGGAGUCCAUCAGCUCCAAUUACGAGCCAGCAUCUCCCAAGGUGUCGCCAAAGCUGCCCAGGUGGAGCAGUGGCGGAGAUUUCAGCAUGGAUGAGGACAUGGCUAGGAUCCUUGGGACCGACGAAGGUUCAUCCUCUAUUCUGCGCAGAGUCUCGAAUGUCGUUCGUCACGGCCGCACCGGUAGUGUCGAGUCCGGCUACCACCCACAUAGAUCGAGCCACGCCCGGAGCAUCAGCGAGACCACACGGGCGACGGUCUCUCCCAGAUGGCCAAAGACGCCCGCGGGCGAUGACCACAACGGCCAUCCCGACAUCAGCAACCCCGUCUCUCUCGCCACUGCCGACGAUCCCCAUCUGCUCAAACGCCAGCUUAGGAACUCGGAGCAGAGGGUCGCCGAGCUGGAGCGACAGUUCACCACCGAGAAGGAUCUUCAGAACCUGAACAAAAAGCUCAUUGAGAAGAGGAAGACCGUGUCUGUCCUGGACACCCAGACUGAGAUUAUGAUUCGUCAGCUGGAGGUCCUGGCAGGUUACGUCGAACGUGCAAAGGAGACAAAGACGCCCAUUGAUCCUCGGGAUCUGGAGGAUUCUGCCAUCAAAGAGUUCGUGCAGAAGCUUGACAAAGUCAAGAUGGCCAUGUCGGCGUCCAUUGAGCAGCUUCACGAAGAACGGGACCUUGUGCUCGCCGAGAAAAACCAGGCCAUGUCCGACCGGGAUCGCGCUCUCAUGGAGUUCGAGCAACUUUCCUCCAAGAACGCGCAGCUCGCUGACAUGAACAACGACCUCACCCAUCAAAUCCAGGAGCGAUUCAAGUCUCAGAUUGGCGGCGACUUGAAACCUCCCAACGGCCUCGGAAUUUACGGUUCCAAAGGAGGGGCCGGUUCGGCUUUGAACCUUGAUGCUUCCAGUAUGACUACUGGAGCCACGCUGGUAGCUGAUGAGGAGCCUAUUGUGGAGAGUGGCCCUACGGUGGUGCAUGUUCGCAAGGGCCAAGUCAAGAAGUUCAACUGGAAGAAGGGUUCCAAGACUAUGGCUCAGAAUGUGGCCAAGGGUGUGAACAGGGCCGUGGUCGCAUUCCAGCAGAACGACCGCGAGAGGAUGCAACACGGCGGGCUGGUCGGAGACAACAUUGGCUUGCCGUACAACAUGACGGUUUCACAGGUAGAAUCUCCCGCCCCCGUCGGCCCGAACAGCCAGGGCAGGCAACAACUCGACCCUGGCCGGCAAGGCUUCGGCUUCUUCGGGAAGAAGAAUGCUAUGCCCAAGUCGGCGUCAGCCAGCGCCGUCGCAGUGCCUGCCGCUGCAGAGCCUGCCUCGACCCUGUUUGGCUCCGACCUCGGCGAGCGAGCCGAGUACGAACGUCGCCAGAUCCCCACCGUUGUCUCACGAUGCAUUGAGGAGGUUGAGCUCAGAGGCAUGGACCAAGAGGGAAUCUACCGGAAGACGGGUGGAAACUCGCAGGUCAACAUGAUCAAGGAUGGCUUCGACAAGAAUGACAAUUUUGACAUCUCCGACCCGGAUAUCGACAUCACUGCAGUCACUAGCGUCUUGAAGCAGUACUUCCGAAAACUGCCAACGCCGCUACUCACUUUUGAGGUGUAUGAGCGAAUUCUGGAGUGCAACGCCAUUGCCGACGAAACGGAGCGGUGUGAUCACUUACGAAGGACAUUUGUUUCCAUGCCGCAGAGCCACAAGGACUGUCUCGAGUUUUUGAUGUUCCACCUAUCUCGUGUGGCCCAGCGUGAACCCGAGAACCUGAUGUCACCAAAGAACCUCGCCGUCGUCUUCGCACCUACCAUCAUGCGAGACCUCAGCAUCGAGCGAGAGAUGACCGACAUGCACGCGAAGAACAUUGCCGUGCAGUUCGUCAUAGAAAACAGCCACAGAAUCUUUGACGACUCGUAAACGGUGUCUCGAUAGUCAUCUGAGAGCCGACUUUCGCAAUCUGCGACGGCGUUACUGUUUUUACAUCUGCCUGAAGCUAUCUCCAUCAUCGGGUAAUACCCUUUCCUUUCGGGGAAUGCCCUUUUCUUGCUUUUAUUUCCAGCCGAUUCAGAACCCAGGUCAUCACUGUGGAGUUGGUACGGAGGGGGAGAUAUCAUGGGGGGCCCGGCGGUCUUGUGUCGUGUCUCCUGGUCGCUGCUGGGGGCCGCUUUUUGCUCUGCUCGCGUGCGUCUUUUCUUCGCUUGGGCGGGCACUUUUCUGUACGUGGCUGGGCACUGAGACCUUGGCCUUGUACCGACUUGCAGUGCGGUAUUGUUCUGUAGCCCUCACAUUCUAAGGGAGAAACGAUACCAAAGAUUACUCUAGAAGGUACUAUAACGGACGAUACCGAAGAAGAUUCACAACAA